GGUAGGCAGUCUCCCCACCCUGUCCUCCCAGUUGAGGAACUGCCCUCCCUCCUAGCUCUGAGGGUCCCUAAGAGGGGAGGAGCCGCCCUGUCCUGGAGGCAGUGCACAGAGAUGGGGCGCUCUCCCCCAACACAGGUUCUUCUGGGCUGGGUCCUGAGGCUGGUGGUGCAUGGGGGUCACGGCUGUCCCCUUCCCCCAGGUCUGGGAGCUCUGCCCCUCUGCCUCAGCUGCUGCCCACUUUUUUGCCUUCCCAUGAAGCCCAGCCGGCCACACCUGGGGAUGAGUGUUUACAGGUAGCAGCCUAAGGACGCAAAGUGGAAACCUGGCAACCUGGGGCCUCCCUGCGUCUGGCAGCCUGGCAACUGCCAUGUGGCGUCCUGCGCUGGCAUGUGGGGCGCUGCAGUCCAGGGAGAGUGGCUCUUCUCUCCCCUGGGGCUGGUUUCCAGGAGGUUAGGCCAGCCCUGCAGGUGACACUGGUGCUUGGGCUCUUGCCGAGCAGUCCUCUCCUGCAAGUAACAGAACCAGGGAGGGAGGUGGGCUGUGGCCUCCCCUGCCCACUACUGUCAUCUCCUGUAGCUCCCAGUAUGCUGGACUCAUCAGCAGCAGAGCAAGUGAUCCGACUGAUGCUGAAGCUCUUGAGACAGAAGCUGGAGCAAGAACGGGAGAACCUGGAAGGGGGGCCUGAGGGCCUCCACCUCGAGCCGGGAAACGAGGACCGGCCGGAUGACGCCCUGCAGACUGCUCUGAAGAGAAGGAGUGAGCUUCUGCAGAGACUCCAGGAACAGCACCUCCUGAACGAGCUAUCUCGGGUGCAGGCCUGGAGUGCGGCAAGCAGAGGAGCCCUGGGGUCAGCCCUGCCCCCAGAACUGACCCCCACAGGUGUCCCACCUGCUGCCUCCCCACCUCCACUGACCCCAGACCUGCCAAGGAUCGUCCUGCCUACGGUCCCCCAGCCACCUGCCACCAUCAUUCAGCAGCUACCUCAGCAGCCGCUCAUAGCACAGAUUCCUCCUCCCCAGGCCUUCCCUACUCAAAGGUCAGGAAGUAUUAAGGAAGACAUGGUGGAGCUGCUGCUGCUGCAGAAUGCACAGGUGCACCAGCUGGUCCUGCAGAACUGGAUGCUCAAGGCCCUGCCUCCAGCCCUGCAGGACCCGCCACGUGUGGCCCCGGGGGUCCCACGAGCUGCCAGGCGGAAGCUGCCUGCCGUGCACCACCACCACCACCACCACCACCACCACCAUACCGCGUGGCCGCCGGGGGCUGCCACUGUCCUCCAGUCCACGCCCAGCCCGUGGAUGCCCGGCCCACCCUGAGCGACACAUUCCUUCAUUCCUGAAGCUCCGCAGGAGGAGGGACCCUGUCCCAGUGUUUGCAUCCUGGGAAGCUUGCAGGUCCGAGACCAGAUGACCAGAGAGUUGCCACUGAGCUGCAGGAGCUUCCACUCUGGCUGACCUGGCCUCAGGACUCCUCGGGGUGAGCCACAUGGAGUCCACAUGGAGGGACAGGUGUGAGCACCAAACGGGCCAGUGCAGCUGCUGGUUGUAACACUUCACAGAACCAUCUUUUUGCGGCUCUUGAAUGUGAUUCCAGAGACUCUGUGCUCUCGUUAAAAGCUCAAGUCAAAGUUCUGACUCCAUUUCCUAUGUUCAUGGUGAUUUUUUCUAGCAUGGCAUUUUGAUUUCCUUCUAUUAAAUAUUUCUCAACAGAAUUUUUCAUACAA